AUCAAGAAAUCAAAAAGCAAACCAAUAAUAUAUAAAAAGGUUUUUUUGUGCAAAAACUUAAUAAGAAAACAACUAUAAACAUGCUAUGAAAACUUGAUCAAAUUUAAAAGGAAAACUAAAUCAGGAAUAUUCCCUUGGAGAAUUUGUAGGAAGUUUAUAAAAACAUAAAACAAAAAAGGAACACUUUAGAGUUAAAAUAUAAAAGCAGAAAAGAGGCAAAAGAAACCAAAACCACUUAUAAUAUGGCUGGUCCUUUUAUAUCCCCGCUGCCCGGCGAUCUGCUCACUGAGUAUAUGUUCGGACGGAGGCGACAACGCCGGAAUCGGACGACAUUCACGCCACAGCAAUUGCAGGAGUUGGAGGCACUUUUCCAGAAGACUCACUAUCCCGAUGUCUUUCUGCGCGAGGAGGUUGCCCUGAGGAUCAGCCUCAGCGAGGCACGCGUCCAGGUGUGGUUCCAAAAUCGUAGGGCCAAGUGGCGUAAGCAGGCGCGACUGCAGCUACUCCAGGAUGCCUGGCGGAUGCGCUGCCUUAGCCUGGGCACGCCUCCGGUCAUGGGCGGUGGUUCGGUGCAGGGUGGAUCCGCACCUGGUGCUCCUGGACGACCGCCCAGCCAGACGCCCGAGAAUCUCUCCUCCGCUGGCAAGGAUUCCGACAUGGGGGAGGUGAGCAAUGGACCCAGUUCCGGGAGCUUCACGAUGAUGCAUCCAGCAUUCCAGCAGCAACAGCAACAGCAGCAACAACAACAACAGCAACAGCAGCAGGGACACCAGCAGCAGACCCAGGAUCAGGAUAAGCUAUCAAAGACCUAUACGGAACUGAAGCUCUACAAGGCGCCAACGCAUGGCAUGGAACUUGGCGGAAUGUCCGCCCUAUCCGGACACUCCGAUGAGGGAUCAGAUGGAUCUGAUUCCGAGGAGAUCGAUCUCACUUCCGGCGCCUGUAUUGAUUUCUCACAGAGCAGCAAGCUCCAGCAACAGCAGCAGAGCUCUCAGGCAGCAGCGGGAUCAGCGGAAUCGAAUGGCGUCCUUUAGACAAGGAUUAUGAUUUAGAUACGGAUACGGCCAUGGAUACGAAUAAAAAUGCUGAUACUCACACGCGUACAGUGCUCACUUGCCCAUAGUUUUCUUUCUUAUAGUUUUUCAAGGUCUAUUUAAAAUUUCGCCAUUUCCUGAUUAAUUUUUUAUAUACCUGACCAACCUUUACUAAACUAUUUUAAUAAUUGUUUCGAUUCAAUGAUUUGAAAAAUCAAAUAAAAAAAAUGUGUUAUACUUCAAAAGUUGCUUAACCAUUUCAAAUACCCAACAGUUCAUAUUUCGAGCGAUCACUGUACACAAAAAUAUAUGGCGGUGUAUAUAACGGACAUUUAAUGUGCAUUUUAUUUAAUCAUAUAC